AGCACUUUAUCCAGGCAUUACAAUACUUUCCAACAAGCUCGAGAGUCGUAAUGCAAAACUUGUAGUAAUUUGUUGAAAAUCGUGUACCUUCAGUGUUUCAGUGAUGCUUUCAUUUUUCCGCAAAAAAACUUCCGACGAUUUGACCGUGUCGUCAUCGAAUGGUAAUGCUAAUGCGAAGGUUGGAACCGGAAUAGUUUCCAAUGGUCCAUCGCUGCAGGAACUCGGUUACCGUAACUCGAACGACCUCAAGGAAACCAUAUACGACUUCCUUCGCACAAUUCGGGAUCCAGAAAAACCAAACACCUUAGAAGAUCUAGGAGUGGUCUACGAAGAGGGCAUUUUCGUGAAGGAGCCCACGGCCGGGAAUGUCAACGUUGUACGUGUCGAGUUCAAUCCAACCGUUCCGCACUGCUCGCUGGCUACGCUAAUCGGAUUGUGCAUACGGAUCAAAAUCGAACGAAACAUCAACCAUAAUCUAAAGUUAGACAUCUACAUCAAAAAGGGAGCCCAUUCGACGGAGGAUGAAAUUAACAAACAGAUCAACGAUAAAGAGCGAAUAGCGGCUGCCAUGGAGAAUCCUAAUCUGAGGCAAUUGGUGGAAAAUUGUAUCAAAGAAGAAGAUUAAAAGACUGAAUAGCAGAGAAAAUAUGGUUGAUGCGGGACGUUUUCGUAGUAGCUUGAUCGUUGUGUAAUGUACAUGAAUCGUUAAUAAAAAAAAUACUGCGCAAUUUUCCUAACUACUUUCAAACA